AUGUAUGUGACGGAUCCACAGAUAUACAUCGGAAAGCCUGGAGGUCCAAUAGCCAUAGCCAGGAAGAAAGAAAAAGGUUCUUCCUUUCCAGGAAUUAGAAUUGGCAUGGAAGACCUCUAUAAUUCACAGAGAUAUAGGGAAGCCAAAGUUCGAGCUGAAGUCCACAAGCUGAUGACGAAGGUCAACAGUCAUUACAAAAUCAGUGGACAGAGGAAGACUGCCAAGGAAGACCUCCAAGUAGCUGCGGAAAGGUUGCAGCGGCGGGCAGAGGACUACUACAGACGCAAAAUCGCCCCGUCUGCAAGAAAGCCUCAUGCCAACUGGGUCAGAAUGGCUGCAGUGGAGCAUCAUCAUUCCUCAGGAUUGCCCUACUGGCCCGAUCUCACAGCUGAAGCUCUAAGAAAAAGGAUGGGCCGCCAGGCACCUCCUCCAACUCAGUGUCAUCUGGGAGCUGAUGAUUUUGUGAGCCUCAAAACACCUCCCGACUGUCUUCUGGUACCUCUUCCACCUUCUUCAGUUGAUAGCCUCAAGACACCUCCCGAGUGUCUUCUGGUACCUCUUCCACCUUCUCCAGUUGAUAAUUUUGUGACACCAGAGACACCUCCCAUCGAGUGUCGCCGGGGACCUGUACCAUCUUCUUGACCUGAUGAUUUUAAGAGACGCAAGACACCUCCCGACUCUUUUUUCAUACCUCUUCCACCUUCUCCAGUUCAUGAUUCUCUGAGCCUCAAG